UGAUAAGGCUUGAAAACCUUACCUUCUGCCAAAUUCACAUCCAUAGGUGUCACUCCCAUGAUUAGAAAGCCCUGCUCUGUUUUACAUGCAGCCUUCUGUUUUAUGUGCAGCUUACCAAACAAAGAAACAUGUGCUGUAUGCCCAGAACACCCUGCUGACCCCUGCCCUGCAGCUGCUUUCCAGCCUGCAGCACAGGCUGACCCUGCGGUGUCUCAUCGGAGACCCAUCUGCCUUCCUAAAGGGCACAGGGUAGCCAGUGGGUGGAGCGGUCAAGAGGCUCUCAGGAGAAACCUUUGGGUGUAAUCCUGAAGAGUGAGCCGAGAGGAAGCCUGCAGCUCCCCUCCCCUCAGCAUCCUACCCCCAAGGAGGUGGAGGAGGAGGAGGGGUGAUGUCAUGGAUUGGUCAAACGCAGGAACACUGGACCUGGGGGUGGGGACUUCAGAGUAAAAAAACAGGGGGUUAAAGGUUGGUUCCAAUCUGGAGCGGCUCCUGUCACCUCUUCCCUCUCAGACACACAAGAUGGCUUUGCUCUGCCGCAGGUACACCACACUUCAGAUGCUAGCCUGCGUUCUGCUCGGCCUGGGGUUCCUGGUGCUGCACCUAUCGCUCCAGCAAGCCUCGAGGACCCAGCCAGAGGACCCCACAGAUGGCACUCCUGCCGCCGCUGUGCAGCUGCAGGCACCCCACGAGGGGGCCUCCUGUGUGGCCAACGCCUCUGCAAACACCAUCACCGACUUCCAGCAGCUGCCGGCACGGAUCCAAGACUUCCUGCUCUACCGGCACUGCCGCCACUUCUCGUUGCUGUGGGACGCACCGGCCAAGUGCACUGGCCGCCGGGGCGUCUUCUUGCUGCUGGCCGUCAAGUCGUCGCCCGCCAACUACGAGCGACGCGAGCUCAUCCGGCGCACGUGGGGACAGGAGCGCAGCUACGGAGGUCGGCAGGUGCGCCGCCUCUUCCUGCUGGGCACGCCGCCGCCCGAGGCCGGAGAGAGCGCAGCUCAGCUAGCAGAGCUGGUGGCGCUGGAGGCGCAGGAGCACGGCGACCUGCUGCAGUGGAACUUCACCGACACCUUCCUGAACCUCACGCUCAAGCACGUGCGCCUGCUCGACUGGCUGGAGGAGCGCUGCACGCAGGCACAAUUCGUGCUCAGCGGCGACGACGACGUCUUUGUGCACACAGCCAACGUGCUGCGCUUUCUGGAGUCGCAGGCGGCGGACCGCCACCUCUUCAUCGGGCAGCUCAUGGACGGCUCCGUGCCCAUCCGCGACAGCAGAAGCAAGUACUUUGUGCCCCCGCAGCUCUUUGCAGAGCGUGCCUACCCGGUGUAUUGCAGCGGCGGCGGCUUCCUGCUGUCCAGGCAUACUGCCCAGGCCCUGCGUGCCGCCGCCCGUGACACCCCACUCAUCCCGAUUGAUGAUGCCUACAUGGGCAUGUGCCUGCAGCGUGCCGGCUUGGCCCCCAGUGGCCACGAUGGCAUCCGCCCCUUUGGGGUGCAGCUGCCUGGCACCCACCAUCCCUCCUUUGACCCCUGCAUUUACCGCGAGCUGUUGAUCGUACACCGCUUUGCGCCCUACCAGAUGCUGCUCAUGUGGAAGGCGCUUCACAGCUCUGCACUGAGCUGCAGCCGCGGACACCGGCUGUCCUGAAGCCACCGGGGCGCUGCGCUGGGCCCCCAGCUUCCCUGCCUCCAUACCCGGGAGGGAAUUUUUCCGUGCUGAGAGCGUGUCUGACCUGCAGUCUGCGAUUUGGACUCUCGGUACGGGCAUCUGAACCUCGGGUGCACGUUGAAUGACCUGGGGACAGGGAGACAGGGCGGAAAAUAACUCCGCCCUGGCCCUGUCUUCAGAGUCUCUGACGUUAUUGGCCCCGGGGUGGCCCCAGACAGGUAGGUGGUUUUAAUUUAAGUUCCUUGGAGAAUCUAAUACGUUGCUAGAUUUAGGCACUGCGAAGCUAAGAGAGCUCGUUCAUUCUUGCAGCGCAGUUCCAGGGCUCCUUUCACGGGCCUUCCUGGCGCCUGACUCCCAAGCUCACUGAUCAUAGGCAACCGAGCAAGGAAAGUAUAAUGCCCGGGAUCCGUGUCACCUGCCAAGUGCCGUUCCCAUCCUUGCCUUCUCCCAUGCGAACCCAAGACCCCCUUAGGGCAGUAACCCACCAGGGAACCUACGGUCACCACCAGGUAGCAUGCCUGCUGUGGUCACCUGCACACUCACCCUGACCAGAGCUAGCUACCUGUGCCCACCAACACUCACUCGUGAAGGGCCGAGACUGGCUCCUCUCCAGCGCCAGGACCUCAAGGCCACUCAGUCUGGGAGGUCCAAGGUGGGUGUGGGGAAAUUGUAGGGGGUGUG